UGGGAAUGCCUGAUCUCAAUCUGCAGUAUUAUGGAAAGAACACACAAAACACUAACAACAGGCCACUCUUUGUUAUCAGGCAUCCAGAUAACUGAAGUUUUGGCAGGAACAUAAUUGCUUUCUCAAAUGUUAAGAGCAACCAUUGACAUUAACCGAAGCUGUUCUGUACCUAUCAGCAUUUCCUAAAGGUAACCAUUGCUUUGCUGAUGCUGCUAGUCAGAGCCUCCCCUUGUGAAGGAUCUACUUGCAUCUCUAGGCUGGAGAGAGGUUCUACAAGCCAAAACACAAAUGGCUGUACCUCAUGGAUUUGUGUGUGACUUUGCGCUGUCUCAUCAGUGACCAUUUGUCUUACAUCUAUUCUCAAAUACACAGAGAUGGUUCUAUAAAAGCCGUGGGCCCGGCAGAUGCAAUCCACUGCCGCUUUGCAGGAGCAACGUUUGAAAAUGAAAUUGACUGCACUGGGAAGUGUGUAUUGCCAGGCCUGGUGGAUGCACAUACACAUCCCGUGUGGGCUGGUGAUAGGGUGCAUGAGUUUGCAAUGAAGCUGGCAGGUGCUUCCUAUAUGGAAAUCCACCAGGCAGGAGGAGGAAUACAUUUCACCGUGGAACACACCCGGAAGGCCACAGAAGAAGAGCUGUUCACUACUUUCAAACACCGACUUGAACGUAUGCGCAGAGCAGGAUCUACUUUGGUUGAGUGCAAGAGUGGAUAUGGUUUGAACUUAGAAACAGAACUCAAAAUGCUCCGAGUGAUUGAACGCGCCAGGCAGUCCAUGGAUAUUGGCAUUUCUUCAACUUACUGUGGAGCUCAUUCUGUGCCAAAAGGGAAAACUGCUACUGAAGCCACAGAUGACAUUAUUAAUAACCAUCUCCCUAAACUGAAAGAACUCCAACAAAGCGGUGAAAUACACGUUAACAAUAUAGAUGUGUUCUGUGAGAAGGGAGUCUUUGAUCUGGAUUCUACCAGGAGAAUUCUUCAAGCUGGAAAAGAUGCAGGGUUACAGAUUAACUUCCAUGGUGAUGAGCUGCAUCCAAUGAAAUCUGCAGAGCUCGGAGCUGAAUUAGGAGCCCAGGCUAUCAGCCACCUAGAAGAAGUUAGUGAUGAAGGUAUCGCAGCAAUGGCAAAAGCUAAGUGUGCAGCUGUCCUUUUGCCAACCACUGCCUACAUGCUAAGGCUGAAGCAACCUCAAGCCAGAAAAAUGUUGGAUGAAGGAGUUAUUGUUGCUCUUGGCAGUGACUUUAAUCCUAAUGCAUACUGUUUUUCAAUGCCUAUGGUGAUGCAUCUGGCCUGUGUAAACAUGAAGAUGUCAAUGAAUGAAGCCCUAGCAGCUGCCACCAUUAAUGCAGCUUAUGCUCUGGGAAAAUCAGACACGCAUGGUUCCAUAGAGAUUGGCAAGCAAGGGGAUCUUGUUAUUAUAAAUUCACCAAGGUGGGAGCACUUGAUAUACCAGUUUGGGGGACACCAAACAUUGAUCGACUAUGUUAUAAUUAAAGGAAAAGUUGUCUAUAAAAAUGAGAGCUGUGGGAUAACGAGCAGUUACUGAAAGAAGACAAUCACGUGCAUGGAUUAUUUCAAAGCCACAGACAAAUCAGCUUUGUAUUUACUAGUAAAUUGUUUCACUGCUCAUCUUACCACCCCUUUUAUUCAAAUGCACUUUAUCAAGUAAAAAAAAAAAAAAAAAUUAAAAAAUUAAACAAAUCAAUUCUAUCUGUUUGAAUUAA